CUUCCCGCCCCGGCAGCCACCCCUCUGCUCCGAAUGUGACUGUUCCAGGAGCCUCAGGCACCAUGAGUCCCGUGAGGACCCAGCACUGCUUGGCAGGUCAGACGUACGCGGUGCCCCUCAUCCAGCCAGACCUGCGGCGGGAGGAGGCCAUCCAGCAGGUGGCGGAUGCCCUGCAGUACCUCCAGAAGGUCUCUGCAGACAUCUUUAGCAGCUGGUGCUCGUCCUCCCAUCGUGGGGCCCUGUUCCUUCAUUCAUCCCUGCAGCCGCUCCGCCUUCCACCCAACCCUCGGCUGUCUGGAGUGUCUCGGGACCCUCAGGCCGGCCCGUGUCCACAGGUGUUCUCCAGCGCCAAGUACCCGGCUCCAGAGCACCUGCAGGAACACAGCUCCAUCUUCACAGGCGCCCAAGACCCUGGCCUGCAGAGACGCCCCCGUCACAGGAUCCAGAGCAAGCACCGCCCCCUGGAUGGGCGGGCCCUGCAGGAGAAGCUGCAGUACUUCCCGGUGUGUGUGAGCACCACGCCGCAGCCCGAGGACGCUGCCGAGGAGGGGCUGGGGGCUCUUCCCAGCAACAUCAGCUCUGUCAGCUCCUUGCUGCUCUUCAACACCACUGAGAACCUGUACAAGAAGUAUGUCCUCCUGGACCCCCUGGCUGGUGCUAUCACAAAGACCCAUGUAAUGCUGGGGGCAGAGACGGAGGAGAAGCUGUUUGAUGCCCCUCUGUCCAUCAGCAAGAGAGAGCAGCUGGAGCAGCAGGUCCCAGAGAACUACUUCUAUGUGCCAGACCUAGGCCAGGUGCCUGAGAUCGACGUGCCAUCCUACCUGCCUGACCUGCCUGGCAUCGCAGAUGACCUCACGUACAAUGCUGACCUGGGCCCUGGCAUCGCCCCCUCUGCUCCUGGCACCAUUCCAGAACUACCCACCUUCCACACAGAGGUAGCUGAGCCUUUCAAGCCAGAUCUAGAGAAUGGGGUGCUAACAGCACCCCCACCACCUCCACCACCGCCACCGCCUCCCCCAGCUCCUGCAGCUCUGGUCAGCGCCCCCCUACCCCAGACCAUGGCCCCUGCAGGCCAAGGUGCCAGGGAGGACGAGAGCAGCAGCAGUGUGUCCCCUUCAGCUCCGGUCCAGGGAGCGCCCAAGGAGGUGGCGGAGCCCUCCAGUGGCCGGGCCUCUCUGCUGGAGUCCAUCCGCCAAGCUGGGGGCAUCGGCAAGGCCAAGCUGCGCAGCGUCAAGGAGCGCAAGCUGGAGAAGAGGAAACAGAAGGAGCAGGAACAAGUGAGAGCCACAAGCCAAGGUGGGGACCUGAUGUCGGACCUCUUUAACAAGCUGGCCAUGAGGCGCAAAGGGAUCUCCGGGAAAGGACCUGGGUCAGGGGCCAGUGAGGGCCCGGGAGGCGCCUUUGCCCGAGUGUCAGACUCCAUCCCGCCUCUGCCUCCGCCUCAGCAGCCACAGGGAGAGGAAGAUGAGGAUGACUGGGAGUCCUAGGGGCCUGUGUCAUGCCUCCCCCAGAGGCCUGGGCUGCUGCCCUCGCACGGAGGGGCCGGGACACAGGCUGCCCCAGGUGUGUGCCUGGACCUUCUUCAAGGACGGGGAGGCUGGCUGCAGGCCCCAGGGCUGCCGGGGCACCACCCUAUGACUGUGUGCCACCCCUCACCAGAGGGCUCUUGUCGUCCCUGAAGAGACUUUGAGAGACAAGCGCACCGCGGAUCAAUAAAGAAGCGUAAGCAGAACUGAGCAGAAACCACCAGUACACUUUCAAUUAUGGAACAGGAGCCAUGCAGGGCGCGCA